CUCUAAUAACGCCGUUUGAAUCGGUCCAACUAUUCACAGCAAUCACAAUACCCCUUUUUUAUUUUCGUCUCUCUUUAUUGUCAUCCUUUUUUUCUCUCUAGGGUUUGUGAAUUUUUGUUCUUCUCCAUCAUCACCCUCACCUUCUCUCUCUCUCUAUCUAUCUAUCUAUCUCUGUUCAUUGAUGACGACUUCUGUGAAGAACAACUUCUUGCCUCCAGGCCUCGUCUCCAAUCUGCAGGAGGUCCUGCUCAACAGAAAGGGCGGCAGCGAAAACGACCCCUCCAAGAGCAACGAUGAAUCCACCCAGCCCUCUUCUUCUGAUGCUGUGGAGGCCAAUUCGGAUACCGAGUGUUCCAAGCCUGUUGUUCUGGUCACCAACGCCGAUGGUAUUGAAGCUCCGGGUCUGAAUUUUCUGGUUGAAGCUCUGGUUCGUGACGGCCUCUACAAUGUCCACGUCUGCGCUCCUCAAUCGGACAAAUCAGUGUCUGGUCAUUCUGUGACACUACGAGAAACUGUUGCUGUGACUUCUGCUGAAAUUAACGGGGCUACGGCCUAUGAAGUUUCGGGAACUCCCGUGGAUUGUGUCUCACUGGCUUUAUCUGGGGCAUUGUUUUCCUGGUCAAAGCCUUUGCUGGUGAUUAGUGGAAUCAAUAGGGGUUCGUCUUGUGGUCAUCAUAUGUUUUACUCAGGUGUUGUUGCUGGAGCUAGAGAGGCAUUGUUUUGCGGUGUGCCAUCUAUGUCGAUAUCACUGAAUUGGAAGAAGGAUGAAAGCCAAGAAAGUGAUUUCAAGGAUGCAGUCACUGUCUGCUUACCAUUAAUAAAUGCAGCUAUAAGAGAUAUAGAGAAGGGAGUUUUCCCCAAAAGUUGUUUGCUGAAUAUAGAAAUUCCUGCCUCUCCUUUGACAAACAAGGGCUUCAAGUUGACCAAGCAAAGUCUCUGGAGAUCUACUCCGAGCUGGCAAGCUGUUUCCACUAACAGGCAUCCUGCAGGGUUCAUGUCUAAUCAACAAAGCUUGGGUAUCCAGCUUGCACAACUCAGUCGAGAUGCCUCUGCUGCUGGAGCAGCUCGCCGUUUGACCACUCAAAGGAAGAAUGUGGAAAUUGUUGAAUCAGUUGGAGUUGCAGGAAAAACUGAUUUUAAUCGUGUAAAGAAGUACUUCCGACUAGAGUUUGUUGACAAGGAGCAGGAAGGUUUGGACGAGGAUCUAGAUUUCAGAGCACUUGAAAAUGGAUUUGUUGCAGUCACACCUCUAUCUCUUUCUCAGCAUAACGAGUCAGACAUUCAUACGACUGCCUCAGAAUGGAUGAACGCUGCACUACAGCAUGGGGAGCAAUAAAGCUUUCCUGGACCAGCCUGAGCAGUGGCUUUGUACAUUUGAGGAGCAGUUCAGUUGAUGAUUUUAAUUAGCAAAAUUCAAAAUGUACGUCGAUUCUGAUUGGUGCUCUGUCUUGUUCUUUUCCUUAUUUAUUUCUUCGUUCUUUUCCCUCUUAACUCAGUUUUUUUUCUUAAUCUUCUAUUUUUGUUAUGGAGCAAAUGCUUCCCAUAAUAUGUUUGGCUGUUGUAACACGAUCCGUCUUCUUUGUUUCUUGAUACUGACAGAGUUGUGAGUUGGUCAGUCGGUCAGUCAGUCAGUUUGGAAGAACUGGGGUUGGGUUCUUUGCCCUCUAAAAAGAACAGAACAUUGGAUGGGGUGGGGCUUGUUUGUUUGUUUGGGUUGUAGUUGUUGAUAGAGUAUGUAAUUGAAACUGGCCGGGUCUGAUUUAUUUGAUCCAGAGCUUUGCUAGAAGGUUGUUGUUUCUUCUAUCAGAUAUACCAUGGAAAACAUUCUCCUAUUUUUAUCCUCAUUUGGUGUGUUUGGAACUUAAUAUUAUCAAAGGAUUCUCUCCUUUUAACAUUA